AAUUACAAGAUCUGCGAAAGAAAAUUUUUAUAGAACUUCUUAAAGAAUCAACACAAAAAUGGAGACGAAGUGUUACUAUAAAGAAGUUGGAAGAAAAUGAAAAAGGCCCUUACCGAAUUGAAAGAACAAACAUUAAAAGAUUGAAUUCUAAUAAAGGUAUCAAUUCAUCUUUAAAAGAAGUCGCGUUGAUUAUAGACGAACAGCCAGCCCAUGGAAAGAUUCUAAAGAAGAAAACAUACGUACCCGGAUGUAACUAUAAUUAG